UUCACCAUUGUCGACCUUAGCGUUUUGCGAUAAUCUUAUCUCUAGCUUUUGGGUUUCUCCUCAAUCCUCCCGAUUGGAGAAGCACCGUAACACGACGUCUUUGACAGUCAAAUCACAUCGAACACCUUGUCAAACGCUCUCGACAAUUCAUGGUUCAUCGAGAAUAUAAUACUAUAUCAGCUAUCUACUAGCGAAUAAACAGAGUUUUAUCCGGAACCAUGGGUCUUGUGGAGAAGUUGCAGAGCAAACUCGAGCUCUACCGCCUCGAGCAACGGUAUACCCGCCGACGGCACCGCAGCAUGUUGUUUAACGACGUCCAAUAUGUUGAUGGCGAAUAUGUCUACAAUUCGAGCUCUCCCACGUCACCAACUGGAACCGUGUCUAAGAGCUCCACCGGCAGUCACUGGCGACCCUCUUGGGGCCGUUCUACCACUUCCGAUUCCCGAUAGACGUUUAUGAUUUAUGUCCAAAAUCCAUCGAUGUACAUAUACAUAUAUUUCUAUAUAUUUGGGAGGACAAGUACAAUAGUUAGGACUGCUACUUGUAUUGCGAGUUUUCUUACGGAUGUACUCGGCUCUUGAUGUUGCAUAUAGCUUUGACGACGAAGAGUGCGAGCGAGUUGUUCUGUAUUUCGUUACAUCGCAUGUCU